GGCCACUACGAGGACUUCAAUAGCACCACUGAGCCUGUUAGGGAAGCAUAAAACCUCAUUUCAGCCCAAAUACUUAAACUUUUAGGAUUUAAAUAUGGACACGAAGAGCUCAUACUGUGGAGUCAGAUGAUGCAAUAUUGAGAGCAUGAAUCUUCUACUUAAACCUGUGGUUCCCUGGGGAAUGAACUUAAGCUGCAAAUACGCAAAUCGGAAAUGAAAGAAUCCAAUUUGCAAUACCAUGUGUAAAGAUGAAGAGAAAACAGGGGCUGGAAGGACAAGGUUUUGCAUUUCGGAGGAAACUGAAGAUCCAGCAACAUUACAAGAAAUUGCUAUGGAAGGUAAAGAAGGUGUCAGUGUCACAGGAAUCCCAGUUCACUGAUCAUUACCCAGACCAUCUGAAGCACCUCUAUUUAGCUGAAGAAGAAAGACUCAGGAGACAGCAGAGAAAGGUCGGCCUGCCUCCAUCUGAAGAUCAAGUUGACCUGCCCCUGCCUGAAGAAGAGUGCAACCCUGAGCAGACGUCUGAAGAGCCAUCUAGUGAUCGCCAGCUACAGCCAGAACAGCUGUGUACAGUAAAUUCUGAUACUAUUCCAAAGAAAAAGAAGAAGAAAACUUCAAACCAAAAGGCACAAGAAGAGUAUGAACGGGUACAAGCAAAGCGUGCUGCCAAGAAAUUCGAAUUUGAAAUGAGAAAGCAAGAAAGAGAAGAAGCCCAAAGGCUCUACAAGAAGAAAAAAAUGGAAGCUUUCAAAAUACUGAGCAAAAAGACUAAAAAGGGCCAGCCAAACCUGAAUUUACAAAUGGAGUAUCUUCUUCAGAAAAUACAAGAGAACAGUUAAAAUAGACAUUUUGUCUUUAAAGAUUAAAUUUUGACUGACUGUUGCAUCCUUUUGUAUGUGUUGGGAUCUCUCAACAGUGAACUAAGUUUGUUGACAUCAAUGGAUUGAUAAAUUACUUUUUGCUUUUGUAAUAGAAAAAAAUUCUAUAUAUAUAUAUUCUCCACAAAGAAUAACUUUAUCCUGAACUUUAAAAACCUUCAGUGGAAUUUUUAUGAAAUAAAUUGUUUUGAAAUAGGA